AUGAAUCGAAAAUACAAAUCGAAUUCAAUCAAACUUGAUUCAAGUUUUUUCUCCAAAAAGCACUUGAAUGUCAGAUCAUCCCUUCAGUAUUAUCGUCACUUUCUUGCUGCAAUUUUUGCUAUUGAGGAAAUCAACAGAAACCUGAACAUUCUGCCUAAUGUGACCUUGGGAUUUCAUAUCCAUGAUUCCUGGGCCAAUGAGAGAAAAGCCAUUAGCAGUAUAUUUAGUAUUCUGACAGGGAGCAGUGAUUAUGUACCUAACUACAAGUGCACCCAGAACAGGAUUCCCAGUGCAUUCAUAGGGCAUCUAUUGUCUUCAGUAUCAAAUGUCAUGUAUCAGAUUACCAGCAUCUAUGGAUUUCCCCAGGUAAGUUACGGAGCUUUGGAUCCUGCAUUCAGUGACAGAAUCCGCUUUCCAUUAUUCUAUCGAACAGUGACAAGUGAAACUGCCCAGUACAAAGUAAUCAUCCAGCUCAUCAAGGCUUUUAAUUGGAACUGGGUUGGGAUGAUAUUCUCUGAUGAUGAGAGUCACCAGAAAGCCAGUGAAGACAUGAAAAAUGAGAUCAUUAAUAAUGGAAUCUGUGUUGAGUUUUUUGUUCGGAUUGGUGAAACUGACCCUAAAAGUUAUGGUUUUGCUUUGGAAACCUUAAGGCAGUCAAAUGCCAGUGUUGUCAUAGUUUAUAGCAGAACAGUUGUGUUUCUGAUGUUUGUUUUAUUUUUUAAAAACUCAACGAAUGUGGUGUGGCUGAUGCUCUCUCCUUUGUCAACAACGUCAGAGAAACUAUUUAAUUAUGAGCAUAAUGGAUCCUUUGUUGUACCCUUUCAUCAAGGAAACAUACCAGGUCUGAGAGAUUUUCUUUACAAGACGAAUCCUUCAAGAUUUCCUAAAGAUCCAUUUACUACUGCAGUAUGGUUAAAGGUGUUUGGUUGCUAUGAGCCAGCUCUUAAGCCAUCAUUCGAAUCCUAUCGUGUAUGCAAUGCUAAUGAUACACUAGAGCAAUAUGGAUUUUAUGAAGGCUAUUUUAGAUCAACAUACUAUAUGUACAUUGCUGUAUAUGCUGUGGCCCAUGCACUUCAUGCUAUGUAUACUGAUAAAACCAGUGGUGGAAAUAUCUUGCAUUCUGAUAAAACUGCAAACUACCAUAUGCAAACACAGUUAAACAACCACCUCAAGAAAAUCCAUUUCAGAACAGAGUCUGGGGAUGACAUUUUCUUUAAUGACAAAGGAGAAGGUCUGGUGCAUUUUGAUAUAAUAAACGUGAAUGUUUUCUGUAAUGGAACAGUGACUACAAGACAUGUCGGGACCUUCAAUUCAUCUCAGUCUCCAGGACUUACCAUUGACAAAGAGACCAUCCUUUGGGCACCUAAUUUUAAUGGGUUGGACGUGGGGGUGGAACUUAAUUAUGGUCUCUGUGCUCUUUUAAAUCUUUCCUAUUUGAAUGCACAGAUCCCUGUCUCAAAUUGCAGUGCCAGCUGUCUCCCUGGUUACAGGAAAGCUUUUGUGAAAGGAAAACAAAUUUGCUGCUAUGAGUGUGUUCAGUGCUCGGAAGGAGAAAUAUCCCCAUUGCCAGAUAUGGAGAAUUGCAUGAUAUGUUCUGAAGACCAAUGGUCCAAUGAGAGUAGAGAUAAAUGUAUAAUGAGAACCAUUGACUUCCUUUCUUAUAUUCAACCCCUUGGUGUGGCUCUAACCACCACUGUUUUGGUUCUGUCUUUUUGCUCAGCUGCAGUUUUUUGCAUCUUUCUGAAAUACAAGAAAAGUCCCAUUGUGAAAGCCAAUAAUCAGGAGCUCAGUUACAUUCUUCUUCUUUUCCUCAUACUAUCUUUUCUUUGUUCUUUACUAUUUAUUGGAAGGCCAACAAAAGGGGCCUGUUUGUUGAGACAAAUUUCAUUUGGUAUCAUAUUUGCUAUUUGUAUUUCUUCUAUUUUGGGGAAAACCAUUACUGUUAUUAUUGCCUUCAAUGCCACUAGACCUGGAAGCAGACUCAGAAACUAUGUUGGUACCAGGGUCCCUAAAUAUAUUCUUCUACUAUGUACACUUCCUGUGAUUUUCAUCUGUGUCCUUUGGACUGUAAUUUCUCCUCCAUUCCCUGACUAUGACACUCACUCUGAAACAGGAAAGAUCAUUUUGCAGUGCAAUGAAGGAUCAUCUUGUGCAUUUUACAUAAUGGUUGGUUACAUUGCCUUGUUGGCUUUUGUUAGUUUCUUUGUUGCUUAUCUUGCCCGUAAAUUACCAGACAUAUAUAAUGAAGCACAAUAUAUAACUUUCAGCAUGUUACUGUUCUGCAGUGUGUGGAUCUCCUUCAUCCUGGCCUAUGUGAGCACCAAAGGCAAAUAUUUAGCAGCAGUGGAGAUAUUUGCCAUCCUUGUUUCUAGUGCAGGACUUCUUUGUCUUAUAUUCAUACCUAAGUGCUAUAUUAUCUUUUUUAAACACCCACAACAUCCCGAGGAGCUGCUGCUGUCACUGGCUCUCCUUCUGCUGGUUCUGGCAUCUGCAGAGCUUCUUCAGGAGGUUCUGCCAGCUUGGGAACAUCUGCAGGUGAUGGUGGUGGUGCUGCCACUGUACCAUCCGCAGCCGGAUCCACUUGGAGCUAUUCAACUGGCAAUGAAAGAUUUUCAUAAUGCAAGCUUUCAAUACAAGUAUAACCCAACUCUAGCAUUAGUUGAAGACUUUGAAGACAGUGUUAUUUAUAUGAUGAAGAUGCAGCAGGACUUGUGUAAUAUGUUUGGAUUCUGGUACCACUUGGCUAAGCUCACUUAA